CAUGACUCAUUAUUCAAUAUACACAAUAAAACAGUAUAGAUUUUAUAUUACAACGCGAUUAUUUCAUACUAAAUUGUAAUUUUUUCUUAACAAAUUCGACAGAUUCGAGGAGGCCACCUGGGAAACUGAAAACCAGUUUGAAUGAGACGGUUACCAAGAAAAAAAAAAUGAAAUCAAAAUGUCUUCUAUGUAGAUGACCACACCACUUACCGAUACAGUCUACAAGAAAUCUAUCUGACAAUGAAGCUGACAGUGUUUAUAAUCGUGUUAUCGUUCGGUUACUGUUUUAAUCAAUAUAUCGGAAGAAGGAGGUUUGAUUAUAAUCCUUUGACACGUCGUACGUCUUCCAGAGCCAGAUUGUCGUUAACGUGUGGAGAAUUCAUGACAGUGAAAAUAGACUUUGCAUACCCCUUUCGAGGUCUGGCUUAUGUUGGAAAAGGUCAUAAUAAAUGUGUACUUAGAGGAGAUGGAAAGAGAGCUUACACUAUGAGAAUUCCACUUAACGAUUGUGGGACUAAACAAAACUGUCCGCCAGGAAGCUUUACAAACUUAUUAUCCAUUCAAUACGAGCCAAAUUUAACAAGAGGGGAGGACGAAUCACACUCGAUUCGUUGUAAAUACGGCAUUCCACGACGUUACUAUUGAAUUAUUAAUUCAAUUUAUUGGAAUCGUAUAAAUUUAAUCCAUAGUAAUAUUAAUAAUUGAUUAAAAAUAUUGUAAUUCUUGUAAUUCCGCACGCUUGAUGACGUAAUAAAUCUACUAAGGUGAUGAAGUUUAUAAUGUAAACU